CGGUCCGUCCACCUUCUGGCUCCCUGGGAGCCCCGACUGGCCGGAGCCCGAGAGGUGGCAGCGCGGGGAGCCCCGCGCGCCGAAGCGAGCGGACCUGACGGGACGGGACUAGAGGAGGCGCUGCCGCCACAGUAGCCAGUACCGGGAGUCGGGAGCUCCGGCCUCCCGGACGCUACUGCCCAGGCCAGCUCAGGGACAGCGGGGAGUAAGAAAACCCCACCCUCUGGGGCACCCCCAGAGCGGAGGCGGCAGCAGGGACGGGAGCAUCCCCCUCCUCCUGUUGGAGAGAAGACCCCUAUCACUCGGGCGGGAAAAAGAAGAUACCCCUAUAGGGGACGCGCCUCUCCUUCCUAGAAGCGAGGAAAAUCCCCAUACUGGCCCAGGAGGAGAGCCCUAAAAGUAGAAAGGGGUGAUCCUUCGUAAAGGAAGCAGAGUGAGACCAUCCCAGCGUGCCUUUACUCUUCCAAACACACACUCUGAGCAGUUCAGGAGUUUUGAGGCAAAGAGAAAGAGGGAUAAUAUGCCUAUGGAGUAGACACCUUCCAUCCUAUCCAAGUACUCACAGAGGAAAGGAGUCUUAACAAGCAGAAGCAGAGGACACUCCAGGGAAAGAAGAAGAAUCGGCUUCCAGCCAUUCAGGAGAGGGGAAGACCUUCCCCCUCAACUUCCUUGUACCUAGACAGUGGAACAGGGCAGAGCCCCUCCGCUCAGAUCUCCAGCAGAGAGAAAGAGUCCUCCACCGCCGAAAGAUCCAGUUUGGGGGGGAGGGGGACUCCCCCAAGGGGGAGGAGACAACUCCUGGUUGGGAGAGGCUCCUCCCCUUCUCUGUAGUGUAACAGGCAAGGUGUGGGGGGUGUGCCACCUUCCCCAGGUAGGACCUCCUUCUCCUCCUCCUCCCCCUCUUCCUCCUGCCUCCUCUUCUCGUCCUCUGGGGACCCAGUUUCCCUCCCCAGCUUGGGAGGCUCAGCCAAGUACCGGAAGAGCCACUGAGGAUGAGACCCAUCAUCUGCCUCUGAAGAGGGGAAUCCCUCCAACCCCACACUCCAGUACCAAGUGGUUCCCUCCCUUUGCUGGGGGAACCUUGGAGACAGAACCCAGAAGUGCCAUGGCUUCUGACCUAGAGAGUAGCCUCACCUCCAUAGACUGGCUCCCCCAGCUGACCCUCCGAGCUACCAUUGAGAAGCUAGGGAGUGCCUCCCAGGCUGGGCCUCCUGGGGUCAGCCGCAAAUGCCCACCAGGCUCACCCACAGAUCCCAAUGCUACCCUGAGCAAAGACGAAGCGGCUGUCCACCAGGAUGGCAAACCACGAUACAGCUAUGCUACCCUCAUCACCUACGCCAUCAACUCCUCUCCAGCCAAGAAGAUGACCCUCAGUGAGAUUUACCGCUGGAUCUGUGAUAACUUCCCCUAUUACAAGAAUGCUGGCAUUGGCUGGAAGAAUUCAAUUCGACACAACCUUUCUCUCAACAAGUGUUUCCGGAAGGUGCCCAGACCUCGAGAUGACCCUGGGAAGGGCUCUUAUUGGACAAUCGACACCUGCCCGGACAUCUCCCGGAAGAGAAGACAUCCUCCAGAUGAAGAUCUCUCCCAAGACUCACCAGAACAGGAGGCAAGCAAGAGCCCACGGGGAGGCGUUCCAGGGAGUGGAGAAGUCUCGCUGCCUCCCGAGGGGAAUCCUCAGAUGUCACUUCAGAGCCCCGCACCUAUCGCCAGCUACAGCCAGGGCACAGGAUCUGUGGAUGGUGGAACAGUGGCAAUAGGGGCUCCAGGCCGAGAGAGUGCUGAGGGUCCCCCUCCCCUCUAUAACACCAACCAUGACUUCAAAUUCUCCUACUCAGAGAUCAACUUUCAGGAUCUAAGCUGGUCCUUCCGAAACCUCUACAAAUCCAUGCUGGAGAAGUCGUCUUCCUCCUCUCAGCAUGGCUUUUCGACUCUCCUGGGGGACAUGCCACCCUCUAACAACUACUACAUAUACCAGCAGCAGCAGCCACCACCUCAGCAACAGCCACAGCAGCAGCAGCAGCAGCAGCAGCAGCAGCAGCAGCAGCAGCAGCAGCAGCCACCACAGCCAACUCCUCAACAAUCACAGCCACAGCAGCAGCAGCCAUCAGCCCAGGGCCCCUCAACUGUAAGGGGUGCUCCCCCACUGCACACCCCAAGCCCAGAUGGUUGUACCCCACCAGGGGGGAAGCAAGCUGGAGCUGAAGGCUAUGGGCCUCCCCCAGUGAUGGCCAUGCACCCACCCCCACUGCAGCAUGGAGGCUAUCACCCUCAUCAGCACCAUCCCCACUCCCACCCUGCCCAGCAGCCACCACCACCACAGCAACAGGCACAAGGCCAGGCUCCUAUCAACAGUGCUGGCUUUGCAUUUCCUCCUGACUGGUGCUCCAAUAUCGACUCCUUGAAAGAAAGCUUCAAGAUGGUGAAUCGGCUCAAUUGGUCCAGCAUUGAGCAGUCACAGUUCUCAGAACUCAUGGAGAGCCUGCGACAGGCAGAGCAGAAGAACUGGAGCCUCGACCAGCAUCAUAUUGCCAAUCUCUGUGACUCUCUCAACCACUUCCUUACCCAGACUGGUCAUGUGCCCCCACAAGGGGGCUCCCAUCGGCCACCAGCCUCUGCCCGAAUUGCUGACUCUUGUGCCCUCACCAGUGGCAAGCAGGAGUCAGCCAUGAACCAAGUGAACUCUUAUGGGCACCCACAAGCCCCCCACCUCUACCCUGGCCCGUCACCAAUGUACCCAAUCCCCACCCAGGAGUCAGCGGGAUACAAUCGCCCAGCACACCAUAUGGUCCCUCGGCCACCGGUCCCACCUCCUGGUGCCAACGAGGAGAUCCCUGAUGACUUCGACUGGGACUUGAUCACUUAG